AAUAUACUGUCCAAGAAGAAGGUAAGAGAUUGUAGAGGAGAUUUCCGAUCGAUCGAGAAAGAGAGAGAAAAAUGGCGGAGAAAGUAGCGGCGGAGACUGAAGAACUGCCGAAGGCAAUCGUUCGUCGAUUGGUGAAGGAGAAGCUAUCAAGUAUUUCCACAGAAGGUGAUAUUUCAAUCCUAAGAGAUGCUCUCUUAGCAUUCUCCGAAAGCGCUCGUAUCUUCAUUCACUAUCUCUCCGCUACGUCAAAUGAUAUAUGUAGAGAAUCUAAGAGACAGACAAUUAAUGCGGAGGAUGUAUUUAAGGCACUUGAAGAGAUAGAAUUCACUGAGUUCAUUGAGCCUCUACGAGCUUCAUUAGAAGAGUUCCGGCAAAAAAAUGCCGGAAAGAGGUCAAAAUCAACAAAGGAGAAGGAGGAAACAAGCAAGAAAAGAAAAGCAGUGCCAGUGGAAAAUGUAGAAAUUGAAAAAGAAGAAGAAGAAGAAGAUAAUGAUGAUGAAGACAAACAAGAGGAAGAGAAAGAAAGUGAUGAUGAAGAGGAAACUAACAAGAAGAGAAAAGUAUUGCCUGCGGAAAAUGUAGAAGAAGAAGAUGAAGAGGAAGAAGAAGGCGAACAAGAAGAGGAGGAAGAAGAAGAGAAGGGAAGUGUUCAAGACUCGGGUAAAACUGAUGAUGAUGAAGAAGAAGAAGAAGAAGAUGAUUAAAGGCGACUGAUAUCCCAGAUAAGUUUGUAUUCUGUUUGUUUCUCCAUAUUGUCUUCUUAAUCGCUUAUAAUGGUGAUGUUGAGACUACAUUUGGAAAAUUAUUGCUGUUACUCUAACAACAACCAUUGUUGGACAUGUUACCUGCCAUUAAGUUUCCUAUUAGUUACUUCUAAGUUC